UUUGCCGAAGACGACGAACAGAGAAAAAGAUGGAGAUCUCCGGUACGGAGAACAGCGCGCCGGCGAGUUUCGCCGAUGAUGAUCGCCCGGACAUAGAGUACCGGUCGGCGCUCGACGGCGCUUGGUACUCCGUUGAGCUCGUCCUCUUGCACGAUGUGUUGGUGGUCCGGUACAAGGAAUUCCCGAGCGAGUACGACGAAGUUUUCCCGGCGUCGGAGCAUUUCUCGAGCUCCGUCGAGAUCGGGCAGUUCGCGGAAAGGUUUCGGCCGAGUUUCGAGCAGAUGCAGGAUUCGGAGUGCCCGACGGUUGCGAAGGGGACGGAGGUAUGCGCUUUGUGCCACUCCACUGCGGAAGAAGUCAAGUUCUACGACGCAAUCGUCGUUCAGGUGGAUAGGACGAGACACGGCCACAAUGAGAAGGGAGAAGAAGUUUGUAAAUGCUCGUUCUUGCUUUCAUGGAAAAGCGGCCCAUUGGUCGGAAAAGUGACGUGUGCAAAAAUCGAGGAUAUCUGUUUGCGCCCAAAGAACAGCCGGGUCGAUCCAAUACUCCUCCUGUUCUUGAAGAAAGCCAAGGACCAGCUGCCAGAACAUUCACACAAUGUCUUGGUGGAUAGCUCUGCAGGAACUUCCCCACAUAAAUAUGGUCUAAUGAAUAUCAUAGAUUCUUUAAAGUCUCCUCCUCAUCAACAACAGCUCCCAACUAACAAUCUUGAUUUCUACUCAGUGCAAAGAGCACGCAGGAAAGGCAGGUUCGCCAGUAGGACAGCCUAAGGUAGAUGCCAGGGUAUGUGUAAGAAAUCUUAGCAGACCUAUAGAAGAUGUUUGCGCUGAGGUAUUUUGGGUUGAUGCAGUGUAGAAGAUGUUU